UAUCAGAUGACGUAGCUGCAGUGGCUUUAGGUGAAAGGGUUUACGCAGCCUGUGGGAAAGUUGUGCAAAAGUGAACGCAAACAAGGCGACAUCGACAACAUGAAUGCUUCAAGCUUCAAAGACUGUGAGGCCUGGAGGGCACAGGGUCUCCCUCUGUCCACCAGCAGUAAUGAGGCAUGCAAACUCUACGACGCCGUUCUCACUCAGUAUGUAAAAUGGCAGAAUGAUGAAACCCUGGGAGGAAUUGAAGGAAGCAUUUCUGCUCUGCUGGCAGCUGACCCUAACUUUGUUAUGGGUCAUGUGAUCAGCACGGGGCUGGAGCUGGCAGGAACAGGAAGCUCCAUCCGUUUGAACAAGAGUCUGGCCGGCGAUGUGAAGCGCACGGUGGAGCUGGCAAUCAGCCAGGACAUCUCUCCAAGAGAGAGGCUUCAUGUCAAGGCCAUGGAGCUCUUCUCACGCGGAAGUUAUUCCGGGGCCUGCGAUGUAUGGGAAGACAUUCUGGUGGAUCACCCCACUGACAUGCUGGCUCUGAAGUUUUCCCACGACUCUUACUUCUACAUCGGAGCCCAAAACAGUUUGAGGGACUCUGUGGCCAGAGUGCUGCCCUACUGGAAACCACAGCAGCCUUUGUUCAGCUAUCUGAAAGGAAUGUACUCAUUUGGUCUGCUGGAAACUAAAGCGUAUGACCAGGCUGAGAAAGUAGCCAUGGAGGGUCUCGCUCUGGCUCCAGAAGACGCCUGGUCCGUGCACUCUGUAGCGCACGUUUAUGAGAUGAGAGCCGAGGUGGAGAAAGGCCUGAAGUUCAUGGAGAGCAGAGAGAAAGACUGGCAGAAAUCUGACAUGCUGGCCAGUCACAACUAUUGGCACUGGGCGUUGUACUUCAUCGAGAAGGAGCAAUACGAAGCCGCUCUGGAUAUAUUCGAUUCUCAGAUAUUCAGACGCUGUAAAGCCACAGGAUCCAUGUUGGACACCGUCGAUGCCUGUUCAUUGCUCUCCAGACUGGAAAUGGAGGGUGUGUGCGUGAAGGACCGUUGGCGCGAGCUGCUCCAGGUGACGCAGCCUCACACCGACGACCAUGUGACGUUGUUUAACGACUUCCACUUCCUCAUGGCGUCGCUGGGUGCCAAAGAGAGCGCGACUUCUCGCCGUCUUCUCGAGGGCCUCCAGGAAUUGGCCAAAGAGCCAGGAGUUAACCAACAACAUCAGAUGGCUAAUACCGUCGGCAUACCCGUGUGUCAGGCCAUGGUGGAGUACGACCAUGGCAACUACAGUCGCGCUGUGGAGCUGCUGUACCCGUUGCGCUACAACAUCGUGAAAAUAGGAGGCAGUGAUGCACAGAGAGACAUCUUCAAUCAACUGCUUAUUCAUGCAGCCGUGAAAUCCGAGAAUGAGCACCACAAGAAGCUGGGAAGAUGUCUUCUGGUGGAGCGUGAUGCCGUGAGGCCGGGAUCCCCUCUGACGACUCGUCUGAUGCAGAGAGCCAUGGCGCUGCACUAGACCGAUAGCAAGGUGUGCAAGGUGGCUCUCGUUCAGAAAACAUGAAGGAAAA